GAGUCCAACAGCUAUGAUCAUACAGCUGCUGCAAAAACCCAGAAACCCAGAAACGGAGAAACGCCUCUUCCCUCUCCACGUAUGUGUGUGUGUGUAAGGUGCAAUGCCAUUCAUCACCAAAUGUGUGUGCAAAGCGAGACGAAGGAAGUGGAAAAAAUGCACAAUGUAUCCAUCAUGGUAACACAAAUAGACCAUGCGCCUGCCUGUCUGUCUGUCUGUCUGCCUCUCUGUCUUUGCGGCAGUAGAUCACGUCAGUCACAUGAUAGGGUAUGCCUGCCUGACGCACCCCUUGUGCGUCGCCCAGUCGAUGAAGGCGCGCCUAAACCACACAUUCACCACACCACACACAACACACUCGAACACACACCCAUGCCUCUUGUUGUGUAGACGUGUGUGAGUCUGACCGACCAGGUGCCAUCGGCAGAAAGGGUGUUCCUGUCGCCUGUCCACCCACACCCACACGAAUAAAGACACACGAGUACACGGAAAGAUGGUGAGGAAGGGGGAAUAGUGGGUGCGUACCAAUGACGAUGAGCCCUCUCUUGGCGCGCGUGAGCAUGUUGUUGGUGCGCCGGUGGUCGCCAAGAAGGCCCACAUCGCCCUGCACACAUGACAUGGACCACACCCACACACAGAGAUGUCCAUUGGUGCCCCCUCUGUCUCUCCCCCUCCCUCCCUGUGUGUGUACCUGAGAGUUUGACCGCACAGCCGAGAAGAUGAUCACCUCCCUCUCCAUCCCCUGUGGGCACACACACCACAGCACACCACCAUUAUCCAAUGUGUGUGGUGUGUGGUGUGUGGUGUGUGUGCGGACACACUGCACUGACCUGGAAUCCGUCGACGGUGUCGACGUCGAUGACUUUGUUGACGUCGUGGAUGGUGGUGACCAUCGACUUCACGUGAUGAUACAGCUUGGGCGUUUGCUGCACACACAAAGCAAAGGCCACACACACAGACACGUACACACACACGAGCAGGAGUGUGUGUGCGUGUGUGUGCGUGUGUGUGUGUGUGUGUGUCCAUCAUGAGCCCACGUGGAUGUAGGCCAGGAGCUGCCGGAGCAGCUCGCGACGCUGCUCCUGAUAUGGCGUCACCAGACCUGACACACACACACACACACAGAGAGAGAGAGAGAGAGAGGGAGAGGGCCAUAGGCUCGGUAUAUGUCUGUGUGUGAGUGUGUGUGUGUAGGGUUGCCGACCGACCGAUGUCGAAUCGCUUCUUUCCGUAUUGGUCGAAGAGGUGUACGUCCCACCCCAGCAUCAUGUCCAGCGCACGGACCGCCUCAGACGCCUCACUGCGCCCCCAUACACAGCCAUCCAUCCAUCCAUCCACACACACACAGACACACAGACACAGACAGACAGACAGACGUGUGCAGGUGGGCACCCACCGCCUGUUUUUGAAGGAGGUGUCGACUUGCUCCUCAAACACGCCCCCAGACGUGUCGAUGAAGCACUGAUAUAUCGGAUACACACACACAUGAAUCAAAAGUGUAAGUGUGUAAGUGUGUUCCUCUCUUUCUGCCUCUCUCUCUCUCUCUCUCUGACCACAGGAAUGUAUGGCUGCGGCCAGGGGAAGCCCUGCGGCACCGGCCUGUUGACGCAUCCACACACACACAGACAGAGAGAGACAUACAGCUCACGCCUCCCCCCCGUGUGUGUGCUCACCGCUCGCUGGGAUGCACGGCGUCACUCAUGAACCCUGCACACACACACACACCGACAUCGACACACACACAUGGACGUCACACACACAGACAAAGGCGUGUGUGAGAAGGGUAGGUGGGGGUCGUACGAUUGUAGAAGUGUCCGUUAGGGAACUCUGCGACGGCUGGGUGCAUUCUGUACUGCUCGUGCAGCAUGUAGGGCCGGUGGCCGCACAGCAGCAGCCGCUGGAACAGGGGCAGGCUCAGGCCCUUGUCGGCAGCAGACAACGAGUGCUGACCGAUCCAGAGAUCGACCCAACAGACACAACACAUCCAUCCAUCCAUCCAGCUGUCUGUGUGUGUGCGUCUGUGUGUGUGUGUGUGUGGGAGUGCUUACAACGGUGGGAGGGAGCUGCUGCUGGUCGCCGAUGAGUACGAGCUUCCGGCAGCCACGGACGAUGGCACACAAUACCGCGGGCUCUGCACCACACACAUCCAUAUGUGCGCAUGGUGUCUGUGUGUGUGUGUGGGUGUGUGGGUGUGUCUGUGUGUCUGUGUGUGUGGGUGUGUCUACCAGUGGCCUGUGUGGCUUCAUCGACGAUGACUCUGUCGAAGGUAUGUUUGGCGAGCUCCUUGUUGGCCUGGCACUCCACACACGUGGCCACGAUCACCUUGGCGUCACGAAGCGACUGCACACACAGAGACACACACACAGAGAGAGGCAGAGAGAGAGAUACACACAGACGUGUUGAUCCUUGCCAAUAUGUGUGUGUGUGUGUGUGUGCGGCGCGCGUGUGUGCGCCGUGCUUACAGCUGAGAGCAGAUUCUUGACCGACUGGGGGUUGCCUGCUCGCGUCUGAUAGACACACACACACACACAUAGGUUGAUAGCUUGGGAAGGAAGACAUGAAGGCAUUAUGACUGACACGCCACCGCCAUACCAUCUCUUUGGCGGCCUGGUACGCCAGAUCAUCGGCACUCUGCACACACACACACACACACACACAGAGCGAUAUCCAAAUGGGUCUCUGAGUGCAUUUCUCUGUGUGUGUGCGCGCGUGUACGUCAAAAGAUGAGCCGCUGCCCACACGCAGAGCGUUGAUGGCUGCACAACCACACAACACACACCACACACACGUGAUCUUCAGGUGUGCAGUGCAAGGGGUGGGGUGAGCAGACAGAUUCUCUGUCUGCCUACGGUGGUCCUUGUGGAUGUCGUCAAUGUCCUGGAGGAUGCUCUUGAGGUUGUCGGCAGCCACACUCGAGCCAGCCACCGCCAAGAUCUGCACACACACACACAGACGUCUCGCUCCCCUUUGAUGUGUGUGUGUGUGUUUGGGUGUGUGUGUGGGUGUGUGUGUAGGCCACUUUGCCGGCCGGCUGUCUGUCGUAUGUCCAGGCCUUGAUGAUGGUGGCCGCCACGGUGGUCUUGCCAGUGCCAGCCGGGCCUGUCCGUCCCAGCCCACAUACACGCAAUGUCCCCUUUCUUCCAUCCAUCCAUCCAUCUGUGUGUGUUCUGGUGGUGGUGGUGGUGGGAGGAGUUUGUGUGUGUUCGUGCCUUGAAUGAGUGUCAGCUCGCUGCUGGCCGCCGCACCGACCGCCUCAAUCUGGCUGUGGUUCAGCGGGCCCCACACUGCACACACACACACAUACACACAGAUAUGGUGUCAUAUUCUCUGUGUCUGUGUGUGUGUCUGUGUGGACUGACCGUUUCUGAGCACGUUGCCGAGGAAGUUCAUGACCUGAGAGCGCCGGUUCUGGAACUCUGCACACAGACAGACAGACAGACAGACAGACAGAUAUACACACACAGAGAGAGGGAGAGGGAGCGGGAGAGGGAGAGAGACUGACCGUGCACUUGAGGUGGGGGCUGCCUGGCCAGCAGCUGGUCCUGCAGCGAUAUCGACAUGACGUUGGGCACGGGAUUGCACAGCCUGACACACACCACACACACACACACACUUGCCAUCCAUCUCCCCCCCACGCACCCACCCACCCACCCACCCACCCGCACACACACACACGUGUACCGUUUCAGUGCGUCGAUCUGCGCGUCAAAAGGCUUCCGAUUGGCGAUCUUCCACAGGGUGAACGUGUGGGCCAGCUCCUCUGCCCCCACCACACCACACACCACCCAAGCCAACCGUGAGUGCGUGUGUGUGGCCUGUGUGUGUUGUGUUGUGUGUCCAAUGGCGUGGCGUACGUGUGGCCUGCUCGUUUUUGUCCCUGACGUUCUUGGGGUGGGUGCCGUGGACGGUGGGCACGUAGAGGCACACGCGGCCGCCCUUGUGGUCGGCAGCCUUGACGAAGCCCACUUGUGUGGGGAUGUGGGGGUCGGAGCAGACGACGCGGACGUACUCGUUCUCGCAGAUCUUCUGAGACUCCGGGCCGGGGUAAUCUGUGUGAAAAGACCGACAUUGGCUGCCCAUGUGGCAGGGCAGACGAGACGUGGGUCUCUCCCUCUCUCUCUCUCUCUGUGUGUGUGUGUGUGUGUGUGUCUGUGUGUCUGUCUGUGUGCGGCUCACCAGCCAUGGUUCUGCCUUCUGCAUGGGUCAUCUCUAUGUACCUGCAGACACACACAAACACAGAGACACAACCACACAAUGAAGUGAACCAUUGUGCGGUGGGGUGCGGUGGGGGGUGCGUGUGCGUCACAUGAGCGAGUGCGAGUUGCCGAAGUGCCUCCGCCUCAGAGGGCCGUAGCAGAAGACGUUGCCCUGCGUCGCUGCAUGUUGGCCACACAGACACACACACACGUGGGCACACACAUGGGACAAGGGGUGUGUGUGUGUGGUGUGGGCGCCGGCACUAACAUGCUUUGGUGAGCUGGUAGAUGGUCUGGCACAGCUCCUCAGCUGCACAGCACACACACACACACGCACACACAUGGGUGCAUGUGUGUGUGUGUGUGUGUGGGCGUCCCCACCCCACCUAGGAGCAGCCUGAAUCUCGUGUAGAAGCACCAGGCGGGCAUGAAGCGGAAGGCCUCCAUCGGCACACACACAUAGCCUCCCAACAGACGGCAACCCUACACACACAACACAACACAUGUCCCUCUCUCCCUCUCUCUCUCUCCCCAUGUGUGUGUGUGUGUUACCACUUCGGCCACAGUGGGUGAGCCGCAAAGCGCCAACACGUCCAGACAGCUCUCUGCAGGCAUUCACACACACGGCUGUCUCGGUGUGGCUGUGUGUGUGUGGGUGAAACCAGUGAGGGCGUACCAACGAUUUCGACGGACAGCUCCAGGCCGGGUACCUCUGGUAGAUCCACACCAACUGCAGCAGCAAAGGCGCCAUGCACUUGUGCUGUGUGUGUGUGUGUGGGUCUGUGAGGGUGGACCCUGCUGCUGCUGGUGGUACUGCUGCGGCUCGAAGCUUGUAGAGGCAGCAGCAGCAGCUGCUGCUGCUGAUGCACUGCUGCUGGCCUGUGUCCACUUCUUGCCGACGCCGCCGCGCUUGCCUGCAGUCCACAAACACAUCCACACACAUACAGACAGACAGAUGUGCGGGCGGUGGUGGAGGCUGACGGACUUGGGUGCAUGAAGAUGUCAGCGUUGCAGUCAAUCCGAUGCCCCUGGGCGGCCGCACUGCGCACACACACUCACACGCACAGGCGAACACCGAGCUGUGUUUGUGUGGGCGCGUGUGAGUGUGUGUGUGAGGCCGUGAGUACGUGUGUUGUGCGACGUAUCCGUCGGAUCUGUCGAAUCGUCCGUUGAGGAGCUGCUCGUUGGCGCUGUCCACCUCUUGCCGGCUGGACCACUGGUGCGCUACACACACACACACACACACAGACAGAGUGUGUACUGUGGCAUAUGUGGUGGGCGGGGGUGUAGAGAUGUGUGUGUACGUGGGAACAUUUUGGCUUCGAUGCGCAUUCGGUCCGGCUUGCGCUCCAUCUGUGUUGCCACCACUGCACACACACAUACACACACACACACACAUGGAUGCAGCCAUGAAUGACACCGCACACGCGUGUGUGUAUGGGUGUGGGUGUGGGUGUGGGUGUGUGUCAGUGGCUCGUGCAGUCAGGUCAGUCACCUUGAGGGUUCUGCAGCUGCUUGAGCAGCAUCUCCAUGCCAACCAGGUUGCCUCUGUAGGCGAACGCCUCCCACAGCGUGGCGAAGUCUGCAGGCCAGUGCGUGUGGCUACCGGCAACCAACACCUUCACACACAUAUACAUAGGCGCUCACGCACACACAAACAACACACACACACACAGGGCGUACCAGCAAGCAGUUGAUGGCCUCCUCAGUGUUGCCCUGCGUGUGCGGCGUAGACAACAGACAACACAACACAUGGCACGGCAUGGCACAAGACACAGCCACCAACAUCAUCAUCACAUCGUGAUGUGCACCCACACUUAUAUGCAGCGCACCUCUGCAGCGUGUUGGUAGAUCAGGUUGGCCAGCUGCUUCGGCUUGUGCUGCUUGUACUUGGCCUUAACACACACACACACACACAACCACAUAGAGUCCCCACACACGCGCCACAAUGCGUGGAGGCAGACCGACCAGUAUCUGCUGCGUCCGCUCGUCCGCCGUGAUGGGCACCGCCUGGACAUCCACACUGUCUGCCGGUGCUGACGCCUCAAUGCCGCCACCGCCACCAGAAGCACCACCACUACCAGCACCACCAGCAGCUGCUGCUGCCUCUGCUUGGCGCUUUGCCUGCACCCACCAGACACACGCACACACAUCGACACAUACCUUGUCGAAUGCAUUUCUGUGUCGACGUGUGUGCGCAUGGUGAUGACGAUACCGCCGCAGUGCUCUUGCGCUUCUUGGCGGGAGGGGCUGCACACACACACAAACACACACACACACACGAACGGAAGUGUGGAUGAGAUGAGUGUCGAUAUCGGUUCCCCUGCCACACACACACAAAGCUGUGGUACCGUCGAGCGAGACGCCCCUCUGCAGCAGCAUCAGGCUCAGGUUCUCAAGCGCACUGUACCGGGCCUCCUGCAGUGCACCCAUUCCACGCCGUAUCAAUAACACUCGGGCGUCGACACACACGUGUGUGUGUGUACCUGUUUCUUGUGUGCAGUGCCGUUUGCAGUGAGAGGGACGGGGUCGCCCGGCAGGUGCAGAGAGACCACACACUCCCACGUGGUGCUCCUGCCUGCAACAUACCAACAACACACACACACACACACACACACACACACAUGGGACAAGGCGUGUAUGUGUGUGUGCAGGGAAUGAUGGGCGGACGUGCCUGUCUUCUUGAUGUCCUCCUUGUUGCACUGAACCGCCUCGUAGCUGAACUUGGGGUCGAGGUGGCGCUUCUGACACAGAGCGUAGAACUGCACACACACACCCAUCAUGGACACACACACACACACACACACACACACACACAUAUACACAUCUUCAUGUGCCCAUCCGUGUGCAUCGCACAUCACAUACGUCCUUGAAAUGGUCGAUCUUCCACUGGCGAAUCAUAGCGAGCGCCUGCUUGGUGCUCUCGUCCAGGCUCUCCUCGUCAGCCAUGAGCUGAUCCACACUCACAUCGUCCGACAAGCCGUCACGCUUCCGCUUGGCAUUGCCUUGAGAGGUAGCACUGCUGGACUCUGCCUCCCCUGACACAACUGACUGGUUCACAUCGCCACCUGCACCUGAAUGUGCAUGCAGACACCAGAAAGGGAGACGAGGGAGGAAUGGGAGGCAGAUCUCUCUGUGUGUGUGUGUGUUGUUACCAUUGGUCAUGUGUUCCUCCGCUCCCUCUUCUGCCUUGAUGACGGCGUCUGCUGCCCCUGCUGCUGCCAGUGCCUCUAGAACUUGCUCUUGCUCUUGCUCUUGCUGCUCUUCUGUCUUGAUCGUGACACCGUUGGCACUUGACUCGCCUUCGACGGGCAUGUUUGCCCCACCACCUUCGCCAGACGGGCGAUUCUCUGCGUCAGAGUGCUCCAUUAAGACGAUACGCGAGCUAAGAGUGGGGGAUCUUUGUACAAGAUCUCGCAAGAUCUGGCCUGCCUAUGGUUGGGUGGGCGCUGCUGAUG